CAUGUCGGUGUGUAUCGAGUAUGCCAAUUUAUUUCUCGGCUCUGCCUCUCACGCCUUUUCUUGUAGUCUCAGUGGCCACUUGCCUAACCCCUUCAAGUGCUUCUGCGAGUGAAUGGGACGGGGGAUGAGGGCGAGAGAGAUGACGAACAUGGAGGUUGUCCUCGGUAGAAAGAUAUUCUCUUCCCUCCUUGUGGCAUUCAUUCUCGCCCUCAGCAUCCUCUGCCUCUACUACGGCACCUCGUUCGCCCCCGGCCUACCCCGCCGCGGCGCGAGCGAUGGAACCGACGCCGACGGCGGCUCCCGGAUGUUCGACGAUGUGGAGCUCUUCCCCGGCGCUCCCUCUUCUCUAUAUGGAGAGUCCGCCAACCUCGUCGUCAAGUCGCUUCCUGUCUGCGACAUGAGGUUAUCCGAGUUGAUUCCAUGCUUGGAUCGGAGUCUCAUCUACCAGCUCAAGCUGAGGGUGAAUUUGACCUUGAUGGAGCACUAUGAGCGCCACUGCCCGCCAGCCGGCCGCCGAUUCAAUUGCCUCAUUCCUCCUCCCGUUGGUUACAAGGUUCCAAUAAGCUGGCCUGCAAGCCGGGAUCAGGUGUGGAAGGCAAACAUUCCCCAUACACAUCUUGCCGAGGAGAAGUCUGACCAGAGGUGGAUGGUCGUCAACGGUGACAAGAUCAAUUUCCCUGGUGGCGGAACACACUUUCAUGCAGGAGCUGAUAAGUACAUCAUCCACAUUGCACAGAUGCUCAAAUUUCGGAAUGAUAACCUUAGUGAUGGUGGGAACAUUCGGACUGUCCUGGAUGUGGGCUGUGGUGUUGCUAGCUUUGGGGCAUACCUUUUGAUUCAUAACAUAAUUGCAAUGUCUCUCGCCCCUAAUGAUGUCCAUGAGAACCAGAUACAGUUUGCUCUCGAGAGGGGAAUUCCAUCCACUCUUGGCGUGUUGGGGACCAAAAGGCUGCCUUACCCCAGCCGUUCGUUUGAGUUAGCACACUGCUCACGGUGUAGGAUUGAUUGGCUUCAGAGAGAUGGAAUUCUAUUGCUUGAAUUGGACAGGGUGCUGAGGCCUGGAGGAUACUUUGUUUACUCUUCUCCUGAGGCUUAUGCCACUGAUGAGAAGAAUAGGAGGAUAUGGAAUGCGAUGAGCGAUCUUGUUCGUAGGAUGUGCUGGAAGGUAGCUUCAAAGAGAAAUCAGACUGUGAUUUGGGUUAAACCUUUGACCAAUGGGUGUUACAUGAGACGAAACCCUGGCACUCUUCCGUCAUUAUGCAGUUCUGAUGAGGACUCUGAUGCUGCUUGGAAUGUGUCUAUGAAGGCAUGCAUUACACCUUACUCAAAGAGAGUGAGCAGUGCAAAAGGCAAACUGGUUUCUUGGCCACAAAGGCUUGUAACACCAUCUCCUCGGUUAGAAGAAGUUGGCAUCAGUGAUGAAAAGUACAAUGAAGACACUGAAGUAUGGAACUGGAGAGUGCUAGAAUAUUGGAAGCAGAUGAAACCUGAGAUACAACAAGAUUCUUUUAGAAACAUAAUGGAUAUGACGGCAAACUUUGGUGGGUUUGCAGCAUCUCUUGUGAACAAACAUGUGUGGGUGAUGAAUGUUGUUCCGGUCAAUGAGUCAAGCAAAUUGAAGAUCAUCUACGAUCGAGGUUUAAUAGGAACUCUUCAUGACUGGUGUGAAUCAUUCUCUACUUAUCCACGUACCUAUGAUCUUCUUCAUGCUUGGCUCUUGAUGUCCGAAGUAGAGAAGCAGGGAUGUAGCGUGGAGGAUUUGCUCAUCGAGAUGGACAGAAUGCUGCGACCUAUGGGGUUUGCAAUCAUCAGGGACAAAGUUCCCAUGAUCAAUUACAUCAAGAGGUUCUUGACAGCCUUGAGAUGGGAUCAUUGGAUAUCAGACAUGGAGCCAAAGGUCGAUGCUCUUUCGAUGGGCGAAGAAAGGGUUCUAAUAACAAGGAAGAAGCUGUGGAAAGGAAGUCCUGAAAAGCCCUAAAGAAAAGGGUGACAGUACAUGAUGCUCUUUUCUGUUCUUCUACUCCAUUUGUUCAAUUUUUGGAUGGUGGAAGCAGGGAGCUAAAGUGAUAUACUCGCAACCGAAAGAGGGUUUGUCUGCAAUGACGAAAUGCUCAAAAUAUAUAGAGAUGUUUGCGUUAGACUGAUUAAUCUUCGAUAUGAGCUGUUAGUCUCUGAUAUUUCUUCCACGUCGAACUUGAACUAAUUGACUGUGAAUUACACAUAAGUAGUGUCUUUAAGCUGUUGAUAUUACAGAUUAGGCAUGUGUUAUUGUAAAAACAAAAGAAAAUAGACAUCUCUUUUUGCUAUA